AUGAUUGCUCGCCUUUUACGUAUGGUAUGCUGUGCAAAUCCAAGUGAAGGAGUGGCUCGACAGCGGAUGCAGGUAACACACGUAGGCGAAACGGCAAGAUGUUUCCUUCACCUGUCGUUUCCCAUGGCUUCCGACGUGGCCGUGUCGCGUGAAUGA